UGGAUCGCUCCGCUGAGUCCGCCCGCGCGUCGCCGCCGCCGCUGCCGCCGCCGCCGCCGCCCCCCAUCCCGGCCCCCCCCCCCGGGUUCCCUCAGCCCAGCUCGGUCCAGCCCGGUUCCCGGGAGGAUGAAGUUCGUGUACAAAGAGGAGCAUCCGUUCGAGAAGCGCCGCUCUGAGGGCGAGAAGAUCCGAAAGAAAUACCCGGACCGGGUCCCGGUGAUAGUAGAAAAGGCUCCUAAAGCUCGGAUAGGAGAUCUGGACAAAAAGAAAUACUUGGUGCCUUCUGAUCUCACAGUUGGUCAGUUCUACUUCUUGAUCCGGAAGCGAAUUCAUCUCCGAGCUGAGGAUGCCUUGUUUUUCUUUGUCAACAAUGUCAUUCCACCCACUAGUGCCACCAUGGGUCAGCUAUACCAGGAACACCACGAGGAAGACUUCUUUCUAUACAUUGCCUACAGUGAUGAAAGCGUCUACGGUCUGUGAAGCUGCUGCCCCUGAGGUGGGGGGUCCCAUUCCACAAAGAGAGAGGUGGCACCCUUUUCUUGACCUCCACCUCCUUCAGGCUCAGACACCACCUCCCUUCUUCAGGACCUGCACUUCUUAAUGUUUGAGGCUUUCUCUCCAGCCCUCUUAGGAGGGGUAAUGGUGGACAUGGCCUCUUGUACCUCUCCUUCCUCCCCUUUCCCUACCUUUCUUUGUCCUCCAUCCCUACUCCACUUUAGACUUACUUCUUGACUGUCAAUCUCUGUCACCUCCAGUGAUUGAUUUGGUUUCUGUUCCUCUCUAACUGCCCAGGGGGCUUAGAACCCCAACAAUCCCUUCCUUUCAUUACCUUCUUUUUGGGGGGUAGAUGGAAGGGCCUGAAAUUGUGGGGGGAAGGUAGGAGGCACAUCAAUAAAGAGGAAACCACCAAGCUGAA